UGCGCCUUAGCUAUUGUAGCAUUAAGAUGUUUUAGUUUUAAGUUUUAUAAGGGAGAGAAAAGAAAACAACCAAACUAAUUAAUACACCAUGGAUCUGCAAGAUCUUGUAAAGUUUCAGUGUUUAGUCUCUUUAAUAUGGAUGUACUUGGCAUUCUCGGAAAUACGGAUCACUGGUUCCCAAGUAAUAAGCAAGCCAGGUUGCAAAGAUCAUUGCGGGAAUGUUAGCAUACCCUAUCCGUUCGGCAUUGGUCCUGGUUGUUUCUUAGACAUAUAUUUCGAAAUACGUUGCGAUGAGAGUCUCCUCGAUUCUGUCAAGCCAGUUUAUGGCCCUAACUAUAACAUCUCGAAUAUAUCACUAAUCGAUGGAACAAUGACUACAGAUAUUUUCAUAGCCCGCGAUUGUACAGACAGCCAAACCGGAAGGUAUUUCUCAACGACAGCAGGGACGGGAAAAUUCACCUUCUCUAAUACGAGAAACAUGUUCGUCGGUAUGGGUUGCAAUACCUGGGCUUAUCUAAAACGAGAUGAUAAUAGAUCUAUCAGUUCGGGAUGUAUGUCAGUCUGUGACAAAGAAGAAGAUAGCACCGAUGGGUCUUGCAAUGGUAUCGGUUGUUGCCGGGCCCCCGUCCCAGCUGGACUAAAAAAACUGAGCAUCAGUGUAGGAAGAUCGUCGGAAACAAUCUUGGAUUUCAAUCCAUGUGGUUAUGGUUUUUUGAUUGAAGAAAAAUCGUUUAACUUUUCUUCGUCGUAUAUUAAGGAUUUCAAGCAUAAUGGAACCGGAACUGUUCCAGUGGUGGUUGAUUGGACUGUUGGUUUUGAAACAUGCGAUGAAGCCAAAAGAAACCCGACGAGUUAUGCAUGUGGACCUAACACCGAUUGUAUAGCACCUGCAGACAAUAAUACUCUAGGCUAUCGAUGUAAUUGUACAUCGGGCUACAGAGGGAAUCCUUACCUUGACAGUAUUUCUGGUGGUAGUUGUCAAGAUAUUAAUGAAUGUAAGGAACUAGGGGUAUGCAGUGGAGAUAGAGGUAACUGCAAAAACACAAAAGGGAGCUACAACUGUUCUUGCAACAAGGGUUAUAAUUUUGAUGUCAGAAAUAAUACCAAGGAUUGCUUUCUCCCGAGCCCGGUUUCUGCAAAUAGUAACCUUAACAAGAUUGUUGUUGGGGCCUGCCUUGGCUUAUUUCUUCUACUUGUCAGUCUUGUGACUGGCUUCUGGAUAUACUGGGGAGUUAAGAAAAGAAAGCACAUGCAACUUCGAGAGGAAUUCUUCAAGAAAAACGGUGGUUUGAUUUUAAACCAACUUCUUGAUCAACGGGAAGAGGACAUUGAGGCUAGUAAGAAUGUCAAAGGAGAAAAGAAGCACCGAUCAAUUGCUAAAAUAUACACCGAGCAGGAACUGACAAAAGCGACUAACAACUAUCACGAAAGUCAAAUUCUUGGCCGUGGAGGGUUUGGCACGGUGUAUAAAGGAACCUUAUCUAAUGGAGAAGUGGUUGCCAUUAAGAAGACGAAAAUAGUUGAUAUGGACCAAAAUGAACAGUUCGUUAAUGAAAUUGCUGUUCUAUCACAAAUCAAUCACAAAAAUGUGGUUCAGCUCUUGGGUUGUUGUCUAGAAAGUGAAGUUCCGUUGCUUGUUUAUGAGUAUAUUGCUAACGGGACGCUUCACCAACAUUUACAUGAACGUCGUGAAGGUUCCUCUACUCUUUCAUGGGUAAAUCGCUUAAGGAUAGCCUCAGAAGUUGCAGGAUCAUUAGCCUACUUGCAUUCUGAAGCUUCCAUACCCAUAAUCCACAGAGAUAUCAAGUCAGGCAAUGUACUUCUAGAUAAUGAUUACAAAGUAAAAGUCGCAGAUUUUGGUGGUUCCAGGUUGAAUCCUACCGAUGAGGCUCAGUUGAGCACAGUAGUUCAAGGUACAUUUGGUUACUUGGAUCCAGAAUACAUUCAAUCAAGCCAAUUAACAGAUAAAAGCGAUGUUUACAGCUUUGGCGUGCUUCUUGUGGAAUUGAUGACUGGUGAAGUUGUGUUUUCUAAAGAUAGACCUGAAGAGGAUAGAAACCUUGCUAGUUAUUUCCUUUCUUCUAUGAGAACCAACAGACUGUUCGCAAUUCUUGAUGAAAGUUUGGUAAAAAAUGAUAUUGAGCGAGUCAGUAGUGUACAUGGGCACCAACAGAUUCAAGAAAUGGCUGAACUUGCACAAAACUGCUUAAGAAUGAAGGGAGAAAACAGACCAUCAAUGAAAGAAGUUGCAAUAAUGCUGCACGGUAUAAUGAGUUUGUCAUCCAACCACCCUUGGGUCUUGCAUGAUGAGGAAGGUAUUACGAACACACAACAAGCAAAGAAGAAGAGCGAAUGCUCUUGUUAGAAUCAGCUGACCAUCUAUCUUACACAGACAGCAUAUCAACAAAUGGUGAUAGCAGCAAAGGGAAAUCAGAAUUUCAACCAGGGGGGACGUUAAGCAUUCUAGGGCAUUUUAAAAACUAUGAGAAGUGUGUUCCCCUAUUUUCUGUUUGUGAUAUAAAAAUUCUGUAAUGAUCAAGAGAAAUAAUAGUUAAAUACGAUUCUUCUAUAGACUAGUAGUUGUUCUAACUGCAAGAUAAAUCUCAUUGCCGUGAAAGUGUACACCACAAAUCAUAAUUUGUCCAACACUUAACAUGAAAUCCCAUCAAACAUCACAUAUAACGUCAACCA